AAUGUUCCCUGAAUGUUUCCUGAAUGUUUCCCACAGACGUCCGCCCGUCGUCGGGGUGUGGAGCAGAGUUUCCCUCCGAACGCCUCGACCUUCCUGAUUGGUUCAGACGGCGGCUGCUCACGGCGGCUCGAGAAGAUCUGGUUGGACAUUUGGAGGCGGCGCUGUGCGGACACGUGGAGGAGGUGCGGCGGCGGCAGAAGCUGCUCGACGCGCUGCUGCAGCCGGAGAUCAAGCUGAGGAGAGCAGACGUCCAGCAGCUGAAGGCAGGUCAAGAAGAGGUCCCACCCAGUCUGGGCCAGGAGGGCCCAACAGAACCGGUCCACAUUAAAGAAGAGCAGGAGGAGGAGUGGAGCAGCACGGAGCAGCUUCAAGGUCUGAGCGAGGUGAAGGAGGAAGAUGAGGAGAAACCUGGAAACCAUGGAGAGGACUGUGGAGGAGCAGAACCAGACAGAACCUCAGAUCCAGACUGUUGUUCAGGGACUGACGACUCCGACGACGCGGACUGGACGGGCGGUGGGCGGAGCUCGUUGCGCUGCGCAGUGUGUCUGAAGAUGUUCGCUCACAGAGGAAACCUGAACAAACACAUGAGGACGCACACGGGGGUGAAACCGUUCGGCUGCUCGCUGUGCGGGAAAAGGUUCAUUCAGAAAGCCGGGCUGGACUACCACGUAAAGAUCCACACAGGAGAGCGACCCUUCAGCUGCUCGCUGUGCGGGAAAACAUACCGCCACAAAGGCGCCCUGACGUAUCACAUGACCACACACACGGGGGCAAAACCGUUCGGCUGCAACGUCUGCGGGAAAAGAUUCAGGGGCACGUCGCAGCUCCAAGUCCACGCGUGCGUCAGGCCGUUGUCACGGAGCACGCUCAGCUGCUCCGAGUGCGACGCCACGUUUCCGAACAACUACCGCCUGAUGACGCACGCACGCAUGCACAGAGGAAAGAAACUGUUCACCUGCACCAUCUGCGGCAAGAAACGUCAGUUCAGCUCACACCUGGAGAUCCACAUGAGGACGCACACCGGAGAGAAACCGUACAGCUGCUCCGUCUGUGGGAAACGGUUCUCGCAGAGAGGAAUCCUGACCCAGCACACGGCGGUCCACUCCGAGGUGAAACCAUUCGAAUGCCCCGUCUGCGGGAGGAGAUUCUUUUGGCAGUUUCAGAUCAAAAAACACAAAUGCCUGGGCGAGUCCAUGCAGCAAAGACUGAUGAGCUUUAAUGGAUCAGAACCCGCUGAGAACCUGAAACCAGGCGUUGGUGAAGAGACAGAACUGUCCUUUGUAACUGAUGACGUUGAUUUCUGGAGAGAGACCCGGCAGCAUCGGUCACGCUUCACCUAUCAGAGAAAUAAAAAAGUCUGUGUGAAGACGGGAGAGAAACCGUCUAGCUGCUCCAGUGACACGACAAAAACUGAACCCAGAUCAGCUGACAGCAUCAACAUCGACCUCUGCAGACAGACCAGACAGUGUCUGUCCGCCGUGAACUACCUGCAGCACGAGGAAGUGUCUGACAGGAAACUGUUGAGCUCGCCUGGAGACCGCCACACUCUGCAGAUGCUCACCAAAUGUCCAGCAGGACAGCGAGCGCUCAGCUGUUUGUUCUGCGGGAAAGGAUUCACAUCAGGAGGAAGUUUGACGAGACACCUGUGCGUCCACGUCGGAGAGAAACUCCUCAGCUGCAUCGUGUGUGACAAAACGUUCAGUUCGGAGUCGGAGCUGAUGAACCACGAGUGUGUCGGCGACGUCCUGCAGCGUCAUCACAAACAGACCGAGCGGAAAGGCGUCGGCCGUAAACACCACAUAAGAGUUCACGCAGCAGAGAAACCGCUCAGCUGCUCGCUGUGUGGCGAGACGUUCAUCAGGCCUGACGCUUUAAGUGAUCACAUGACGAGUCACACGGGUGAGAAGACGUUCAGCUGCUCGGUGUGUAACAGCGGCUUCACGGACAGCGAGUCUCUGAUCAAACACAUGAGGAUCCACACGAGGCAGACGCAGUUCAGCUGCUCCGUCUGCGGCAAAGAGUUCGCCUGGAGACGAUCUCUGACCAAACACAUGGAGGUCCACGCCCGGCGGAAGCCGCUCAGCUGCCCCGUGUGCGGGAAACAGUUCCCGUGGAGACGCGACCUCACCAAACACAUGGUCAUCCACGCCAAGGCCAGAAUGUACCGCUGCACCGCCUGCCACCGGCGGUUCGCUCACUUCUAUCAGCUCAACUAUCAUCAGUGUGCCGGGCCGGAGCCACAGCUGCAUCCCAGCCAGGAGGACCGAGAGGCAGAACCUCUAAUCGCUGAUGGAGACAACUGUGGAGGACCAGAACCAGCCGGGAACCCAGACCAUCGUUUAACAGCUGACACUGAUGGAGAACCCGAGACUGACGACAGCGAUGAUGACUGGACGGAGAGCAGACCUCAGCCGGGUUUAAACUCCACAGACACAGGUCAGAACCAUCAGCACUGCCUGAAGAUCCAAACGAGAAACCACACAGGAGACGUCCCAGAACCAGGAAGCCUGACCCAACACAGGGUGGUCCACGAGCCAGCAGAACCUCCACACGUUAAAGAGGAGCCAGCAGAACCUCCACACAUUAAAGAGGAGCCAGCAGAACCUCCACACAUUAAAGAAGAACCGGACGAGGUUCGGAUCAGUCAGGAGGAGGUGACAUCGCCUCCUGUCCCUGUGAAGACUGAAGAUGAUGAUGAUGAGGAGGAGAAACCUCAGUCCUCACAGCUUCAUCAGAUGGAAACAGAAGCUGAUGGAGAGGACUGUGGAGGACCAGAACCAGACAGAACCUCAGACCCAGAACUAGACAGAACCUCAGAUCCAGACACAGAUGACAGCGUUGACAGUGACUUCUGGAAGGAGACCCGACAGCGUCCGUCAGGUUUAAAGUCUGUUACAGAAGACGAGUCUGUCUCAAACACUCUGAGCUGCUCUGAUGAAGCGUCGGACGGCGAGGACGAUGAAGAUGGCGAGGAAGGCGAGGACGGCGACUUCUGGAAGGACGACAGGAAACCAGAGGACACCAGCAGGAAACCACACAGCUGCUCCGAGUGCGGGAAGAGGUUUGUCCACGUUCACCACAUGAAGAAUCACAUGAAGUCUCAUGGCGGGAAGAGAGCGGCGUUCUUCUGUUCCGUGUGUGGUCAGGAGUGUUUGUACAGGUCGCACCUGAAGAUCCACAUGAGGACGCACACCGGAGAGAAACCCUUCGUCUGUCCCGUCUGCGGGAAGAAGUACGCUCACAAGGCGAGCAUGCAGUCUCACAUGUCCGUCCACACGGUGGACAAACAGUACAGCUGCAGCGCCUGUGACAGGAGCUUCGCCUGGUACACCGAGCUCAAGUAUCACGAGUGUGACGGAGAGUCUUCACGUCCACGCCACAGAGACGCCGUGUAGACCCGGACCCGAACUGACGGGACAGGAAUGGCUGAGCUGGAGGAGUCCAAAUAUAUCGACCACGACGCUGACAUAACCACGACCACGACCACGACUCUGACAUAACCAUGACGCUGACAUAACCACGACCACGACUCUGACAUAACCAUGACCACGACCACGACUCUGACAUAACCACGACCACGACUCUGACAUAACCACGACCACGACUCUGACAUAACCACGACCACGACUCUGACAUAACCACGACCACGACGCUGACAUAACCACGACCACGACGCUGACAUAACCACGACCACGACGCUGACAUAACCACGACCACGACGCUGACAUAACCAUGAC